AUGAACAAUGUGUCUAAAUUCGCAUUCGCAUUUCCUCCGGAAUGUAUUCGUUUAAUCACUUUGAAUUUAAAAGAUGAUAAAAAAUCUUUACAUUCUUGCUUGUUGACCUCUCGGGAUUGGUGUAGAGAAACGGUGGAUUUAUUAUGGAGUCGACCAUUCUAUUUUAUUUAUGCAUGCAAGGAAACAAGUUUUUUACCGACCAAAUCUUCGGAGAUAAUAAACACAAGUUGUCAUUGUUCAACCAAGAAACGACAAAUUCAAGAUGCAAAAUUAUUGAGAAUUUAUUUACAAUGCCUCAUAUUUAAGUAUAAUGAGGAAUUAUUAAAACGAGAGGUCAUUCAAAUGCGAGUUAGGAUUACCAUGUUUAAUUAUGUGAAAUUCCUAAAAGUUUUGGAUUUAAAUGAAUUGUACAUUGCGGUUAAAGAUUGGGAGAAAUCAUUAGACACAGAGAUGUUAAAAUCGAUUUCAUUGGAUACGCAAUUUAUCCUUCACUUGAGUCAUGAUAAAAAUUAUUGUUUAUCCCUUAUCAAGGACAUUAAACAACCGGAUGCUUCUUAUUUAAAUACUUAUCAACACUUGGUAUAUUUGAAUAAUUUAAUCGAUAUCGAUUUACCAAAAUCCCCUAAACUGAAUCAAAAUUUGGUUAAUCUAUCCGAAAUUGAGUUGUACAGUUACUCUUAUCUAAGAUUAACUCACUUCUUAUGCUCCAUUUCAAAAAUUUGUAAAAAUAUUCGAAAAUUGGUUUUUAGAGCUAAUAUGGUGUUAACCAGUACCAGUGACAAAUUCGCAGCAAUAAGGGAAGCAAAUCAAGUCGCUACCCUCAUCAAAUUUCAACAUCAUUUGGUUCAUUUAGAAUUAUUUGAUAUUAAUGAUGAAGAAUUUUGGGAGGUCGUCAUGGAUUCCGUCAUUAAAUCUCAAUCCAAUUCUUUAAACGUUUUGAUCUUUAAUAAUGUUACUAUUUGUAGUAUUAACGUUUUAUUUCACCUAGUACCUCUACAAAAUUUAAAAGAAUUGAGAUUUGAUAAGUGUAUCUUCAAAACAAGUUCAGCUAUUCAACCCAAGGAAAAUGAACAUCAUAAUUGGAAGGAUUUAUGGUUCCCCAAACUUAAAUAUCUUGAAAUAGAUUUUACUGAUGACACUAAGGAUGAUUCAAAAGAAUUAACUUCUAUUCUACUUAAAUCUUUAAGAAUUUGA